AGAAAGCGGGGACCGCACUCAACUCUUAUAGAGUGACGCUUUCUAUCAAACACAAAACAAUCAAAAAGUGUACUCUCUACGAUUUCUGAUUCUCGUCUUUAAAUACCUUCCUUUUUCCUUCUCUGUACUGUUCUAUCUCUUCUCUUCUGACAUUUUCUUCUAUUUAUUACAUGGCCGCCGAAGAGUUUCAAGAAUCCGAUAUCAUCUUCUCCGACCACAAUCUCACCGGCUUCAAGGAAAUCAAUCGUCAAAAUCAUAGUUGUAGUAAUCGGAGUGGAAGCAAAACGAAGCUCAAGAAAUCGACUUCUUCUUCUUCUUCUUCCGUACCUGUGAAUAUUCCCUGCAGCAAUGUGGUGCGGUUCUCGGAAGCUGGUGCUGAGUUUGACGAGGAAUUUGAUGGAGAGGAAUUGAUUCCGCCGCAUGUUAUAGUUGGGAGGAGAAUUCAAGGGAAAAUGGCGUUCUCUGUUUGUACUGGAAAUGGAAGGACAUUAAAGGGAAGGGAUUUGAGUCAAGUUAGGAAUUCAAUUCUUAGGUUGACUGGAUUUUUAGAAACAUAAAACCAUUGAUUCUUUCUAUUUGAACUCCAAUCUCACUUCUGAUCUGAUCUGUUCUGUUCAUUAGAUUUUCAGAAGAAGAGAAGUCUUCAAACAAAAAAUAAUUUCAUUUCCUGUUUUUUGUAAAAGUUUGUUUAGUCAUUCUUCAUUGUAACUUGUAAGCAAAAGAGACCAAAGAAAUUUGCGAUUAGAAAAGGAUAAAAUAUUACUAAUUGUUCAUUAAUUAUUUUCAUUAUAA